CAAUAGUAGCUCUCCAUCUUAAUGGAGCCUACCCCCCUCUACAUAUUAUAAUGUUAUAGAUCUACAUAUUAUAAUGUUAUAGAUUCCAACAUUGCAUACAACUUAUCUUUUAUAUCAUACAAGUCUUCAUAGCGUAAUAGGAAACCGAUUAUACUACAUACUGAAGGGACAACAACUCGAUCGAUUGGGCUAGCUAGAAUUUAUAUCCAUCUUUCCUCGAGACAUUUAAGAAUCUUGUCAUCGAUCCCCAUAUCAACGUUGUAAGUAGGUGUUGCUGUUUCGAUUCAUCGGAAAAUGGCUGAUGAAGUGAAGUUGUAUGGCGUUAAAGAGAGUCAAUUUGUUUGUAUUGUAAAAAUCGCUUUGAACAUGAAGGAAAUCAAGUACCAAAUUAUUGAAGAAGAUCCCAGUAACAAGAGUCCAGACCUUUUGAAGUACAAUCCUGUUCAUAAGAAAGUACCCGUGCUGCUGCACAACGGAAAUCCGAUCGCAGAGUCUCUUGUGAUCGUUGAAUACAUCGACGAUGUGUGGAAAGGGGCUCCGAUUUUACCUCAGGAUUUUUAUGAGAGAGCUGUCGUUCGAUUCUGGGCAAAAUUUGUUGAUGAUAAGUGCAUCCCUGCACUCAGGGUUGUUGGCAGCAAUUCAGAUGAGAAAGUUGUUGCAAAAGCUUGUGAGCAACUGCAAGUACUAGAAAAUGAACUCAAACUCAAAGGUACAAAGUUCUUUGGAGGCAACAACAUCAACCUGAUCGACAUUGCUGCAGUUUUCAUAGCUUAUUGGCUUAGAAUAAGGGAAGAAGCAGCUGGAAUAAAGUUCUUCACUGAAGACAAGUUUCCAAAACUAACCAAAUGGGCAGAUGAUUUCGUUAACUGUCAAGUCGCCAAGAAUACAUUUCCUCCACGUGAACAUAUGCUUUCGUUUUACAAUAAGAUGUUUGGUAAGGUUAAUUAAUAAUAGUAUGUGACUGUUAUAUGAACUUGGUGGGUUUGUUAGGGUAUGCAUAUGUGUAUGUGGUUAUUGAAGUUAAAGUUUUUGUAACAUCCAUCGAUCAAUGUUGCAAUAAUAAGCUCUUGUAGGCUUAUCUAUUAUUGUAAUAUGUAGCAUGUGAGAGUUCGGAUGUUAAGUUCAUGUUUUUACGUACUUUGUGGUAUGCACAAUAUAAACCCAUAGAGUUGGCCCGGACUCCGGAGGCUGGG